CGACACGGGAAAUGAAGGCUGUUCAGGAAAAAUUGGAAUUAUACAGGCACCAUAGUAAUAGUUUUUGUUCACGUUUUUAUGAAUAUAUGCGUAUGAUGCUUCAAUACCAGGCAGAAACUUUGAUGAAAGACAAAAGUCGAGGGCCGCGUCAUAACAGUCUCACAAUACAGAGUCACGAUCAUAUUAUGGAACAUUUGUACAAAUAUCGCGGAUUGUCACUAUGGAUGAAGGAAAUGGAUUCUAAACGACACUUGGAGAUACAACAUCUUUACGUGACCGCCAAGGAGCCAGUCUACAAGAAAGAAACCAAAGAAUAUUUGCAACAAAUGAAGCAUAUGUUAGCAAAAAGAGAGUUAUCCGAAGAGGCAACUUAUGUCUUCAGUGCUGCAUAUUCGCAUAGUCAUCGAUCAAGUAUAAAUUAUGGCAGUUGGCUAUCUUUUGAUAACACAAAACCAUCUUGGGAAUUUAAGGAAGGUAGUGUUGGAAAAAUCCCACCUGAAGAGUCUUUUGACCAUUGUCUUCAAACCAUAAUCCCGCUUAUCGCCACCGAACAAGAUUUUAUGUCCGAUUUUUUCCAUUUCACAAAAAAAACUUCAAAGAUUAUUUCACCUGAAGAAGCAUUUAUCAAAGAUUUAGAUGCUGAAGAAAGUGAUGAAAACCUUAACGCGUAUAAAAAAUUAACCGAAUACAUGGAAAAUCUAUUCAAUUUUUUACCGGAUGAUUUGACUUCGUUUGUUGACUAUGGGUGCAAGCAUGAUACUAUUCAGAUUGUAGGCAUGAUUGUAUCUUUGGAAAAGAACAUGCAAGAAUUUGAAAAGCGCGGGCAUGAAUUCGUGGUUAGGAUGCUACAGCAAGUUAGGAAACAUUGUCUUGAAAUUUUCGAACGAUUUACGAAUGAUCAGCUUCGAGCCAUUGAGGAAACAAAAGUAACUUCAAAAAAACGAAAGGGCAUAGUGCUAUUUAUUCGAAUAUUUCCGCGGUUUGUUGAACGUAUCGAACAUUCAAUGAAUUCUGCAGAGCAGCUGGAAAUACGUCGUACCGUUAACAGAGGCUAUAAAAGAAUUGUUAAAACAAUGUUUGACUGCCUGGAGGCCAUUGCAAAAGAUGCUGAUUCGCCGAUGGAUGAUAAGGAGCAGUUAAAUGCUCACAUAAUGACAUUAGAAAUUCGCACUCGCAAAAUUGUGGUUCUCGAGCCCUUCAUGAGACAUGCACGAAGCUCUUACGACAAGCACCUGGAAGCUUACGCGAAAUCGGUUAUUAGGAAACCAUUCGGUAAAUUGUUGGAAUUUUUUGAAGGUAUAGAAAGUUUACUUAGGACAACUGCGGCUCCCGAAGAGGUGGGAUUUCGACUUCAAUACAACAAAGCAGCACUAAAAAAGAUCGUAUCACAAUACCCAGGAAAAGAUAGAGUCGAUAAACAUUUUACAGAAGAAGAAGGCUUGUUGCAAGUAGUUUGGCAUAGUAUCGAAGAGGUGGUAUUACGUAAUCAAGACAGAUUUACGUCAAUAAUCAAUAGAUGUUAUCCUGAUGCAAAUAUUACCUUAGAAUUUACAAAGGACGAUUUACUAAGUUACUUCUCGGAAUUGGCUAGAAGUCAUUAA